UUGAUGAUAUGUUGACCUGCAUGAGCUAAACAUGUUGAAAUAGCCGAUUUUUCGGUGUGGAACAAAAUCGAACCCAAAAUUCUUGAUUUUAUCAAAAAAUUCUUUGAUUCGAAUGAUGGACAACAACGACGAACAACAAGAAUAUUCAUCGAAAACAAUUUUCAUUUUGGAUUGUUCACAAGAAUAUUCUAGCGUUGAUUCCGGACAAAAACAUGAUAUUGGUGGAUCAAGAUUUCGUUCAACAUUAUCAUCAACAAUUAUAUCCAAAUCAUUGUAUACAUGUUCAGUUGAAGCAAUAUUUGAAUAUAGUCGUAUUGUUUGGGAUUUAUUUCCUAACCGAGAAAAACUAUUGUUUUUUAUUGCCACAUCACCAAAAUCAAUUUAUCAAUUGAAUAAUGAAUGUGAACAAAAUUGUGAAUAUAUUUUUAAUUCAUUUAUUGAAUUUACUAAAAAUUCAUUUGAUGGAAAAAUUUCAUCGAAACAAAAUAAAUUGAAAUAUUUGUUGGAUGGUUUUCGACAAGCAUUACAACGUUUGGCAUCAACAGAAUCAUCAUCAAGUUCAAAAUGUCAAUCAAAAAUCAAUGCAGGAAGAAUAAUUUUCCUAACAUUCGAUAAUGAAGAUCAGAAUUUUUUUAAAAAUUUUCAAAAAGAAAUUUCCAAACAAUUCUUGGAUUUUCAACGAAAAACUACCAAUCGAUUCGGAUUGGAUGUGAUUGUUAUCAAUACUUUUCCAUUGGAAAUGGAAAAUCUAUUGAUUCAUAAAGAUGAUAUACGUGAUGGAAAUCUUACGGAUUUAUUAAAAUUUUCAUUCUAUUUGGUUGCAUCGUCAACAAUUUUGGCAGCAAGAUUAACCUGUAUGGCAUUUGAACAUUUCAACCUUGCUUCAACAACCGUAUGUAAUAUACCGAUGAAAGAAGAACAAAAUUCUGGAUCAUCAGCCAAUUAUGAUGUUGAAAUAAUUCAUUCUCGUCAAGCACAUAGUCAAUUUUUUAAUUAUCAAAUUAUUGACUGUGACAAUAAUGAAAAUGAAGAUAAUUCAUCCUCAUUAUCAUCAAAAUAUCAAUAUGUUGAACGUGAUAAACAAAAAUAUCAAACAUUACGAUUGAAAUGGGGUACAUCACCGAAAACAUUUGAAUAUUCAAAUUGUAUUGGAGCAUAUCGUUUAACAGCAAUCGAUGUUAGUAGUCGUCCAUCAUCAUGUUUAAUUACAUUUUUGUUAUCGGGUAAAACUGUUUAUUUAGAAAUGCCACCAAAUCGUUCAGUUACACAUAUGCUUCGUUGUCAUAAUGGUGAAUUAUUUAUUCAUGUUUUAGCUGCUAAUAACAACAGUAACAACCACAAGCCAUUGAUUGAAGAUGCACCAUCAAUUAGCGAAGGUGUUGGUGGUCGUAUCACUGAUUAUCGUUUAAAUGAUUUUGCUGAAUUAAUGAAAAAAAAUCAUCUUCAAUUGAAAUUUGCAAAUGAAGUGAAUAACGUUGAUGAAGAUAACCUGGAACAAGCAUAUCAAAUUCUACGAAAACAAACAAAAUAUUGGCCAAUAUCAAUCGGAUUGACAGUAUUUUUUGCCAUUCGUGAUCAAUUUUAUUCAUUAAUAACAAAACAAGAACUUUGUGAAAAAGAUCUGAUACAAUUACGUGAUAUUAUGUAUAGACAUUUACAUGAUGAAAAAACUAAUGUAGCAUUGCCGAUACAAAGUAAUAUUAUUCGUUGUAAAGGAUUGAAAAAAGAAGAUUUAUAUCGUAUUUAUUGGUCGGAAUUGGAACAAAUUAUACGUUCAAAUCAAUUAUCCAUACAACAUAAAACAAUUUUACAAUGUUUUUUAGAUAUAAAACCAUUGAAUAAUGAUAAUAAUGGAAUGAUAAUGUACCAAUCUCAAGAUGAUAAUAACCCUUUGAUUCCUGAAAAUAAUCAAUCAAUCAAAAUG